AUGGUGGAGAUAAAAGGUUGGAGUUGUCCAAUUUUGAAUUUGAUGAAUUCUUCUUCUUCAUCAUCAACAACAACAAGGCCAUGUAAUUUUGUAAUAUUGCUUAAAAUUGCGGUGUUGAUCUCAACUCUUGCAUUUGCAUUCCUCGUCUUAAGCUUCACUUCUCCUUUCAAUCGUUUCAAUAGAUUUUCGCCCCUUGAUGAACAAGUCCAUGAUGAGUAUUAUGAACUAAGAAAGCUUCUAAAGGCAGCUUCAACAAAGGAGAAAACAGUGAUCUUGACAUACUUAAACGAGGCAUGGGCAGCACCAAACUCGAUUUUCGAUAUCUUCCUAGAGAGUUUCAGAAUUGGUAACAAUACAGCCUACCUUCUCAACCAUUUGUUGGUUAUAGCAGUCGACGAUGACGCAUACACUCGAUGCCAGACAUUAGUCUCCCAUUGUUAUCUUCUGAAGACUAAUGAAUCAUCUGCAAUUGCUCAUCAAGCCAACUUCAUGACACCCCUGUAUUUGGACAUAUUGUGGAGAAGACUUGCUUUCUUGCAAACUAUUUUGACCUUGGAAUAUAACUUCAUUAUAACGGAUACUGAUGUUGUAUGGUUUCGAGAUCCAUUCCCACAUUUUAUCACUGAUGAUUCAGACUUCCAAACUUCAUGUGAUCGAUUCAAUGGAGAUCAGUAUGACUUGAACAACUUCCCCAACAUGGGCUUUCUUUUCGCGAGGUCUAACAAUCGUACCAUCAAAUUCUACGACUUUUGGGUAUCAUCAAAACACUUGUAUCCACAUUUACAUGAACAAGAUGCUUUUAACAGAAUAAAGCAUGAUCCAGUUGUUGCACUACUUGGGUUGAAAAUAAGGUUCUUGAAUACUGAUUAUUUUAGUGGAUUUUGUUCGCCUAGCAGAGAUUUCAACAAGGUUUGUACAAUGCAUGCUAAUUGUUGUGUGGGAUUAGACAGAAAAAUUGCUGAUCUAAAGACUGCAUUAGAAGAUUGGAAAACCUUUAUUUCUGCAAAUCAGUCUGAAUUAUCACAACCUUUUAAUUGGAGUGUCCCAAACAAAUGUUUGUAUUCCUUUCUCGGUUAA